AUGGCCUCCCUAGUCACUAGGUGUUUCGAAAAUCACACACUAUACUUUAACGUCAAGACAAACCAUGUUAACGACAAAUCCGUAAAUUACUAUGGGCCGGCCCCACCAGGUCGCACACUAAAAGAUAUAACGUAUUCCACCACCGAGCCGGCCAAACCACCGAGCCGGCCACUUUUCCUUGGCACAACCAACACCACAUUCACACAGCAAUGCAUCAACAACGCAGCGAUUAUCUAUCUUAGCAAGAAGGCAGUAUUGAUCUCGCGCUUUAAGCCUUUACCUCUGGUCAAUUUAGGACCAUACAACGCGCUGCAGCAGCCUUUAACGUACGACAUCAGCGGCUCUCUAAUCGGCUCCACGGAAUCACGUUUCAACCUUAAUCACGACCAAACUGCCUAAAGCUCACUGCGACCGAAGAGCACACGAUUAUACAAUAUAUCCUUGACCUAGACUCGCGAGGAUUUGCGCCCCGG